AUUUAAUCAUAAAUGGGGUAAUGUUCAUGUCAAGAAUAAAUUCCUAUCACAAGUGAGAUUCCUCCCCUAAACUUGUAUCAGAAACCAUAGAUGAUUACAGAAGAAUAGAUUAACGCGAAUUAGGCGACCCAUCCAUUGGAAGCAGACAAGGCAUUUUCACAAGCCAAAACAAAAUAAAUGGAAGAUUCAUUAGAGCUGGAAUUGCAUAGGCCUAAUAAAGCAGAAGCUUGGGAAACAACCAAAAUUUUUGAAACGAUAUCAGAAAAAGUUAGAGUAAAAAGUUAACCUUAAUAUCAUAGGAAUUAUAGAACGAAUUACCACCUUUAGAUCUCGAAGAAAGAGAAGGCUACUUUUAUGGAGUUUAUGAGCUAAAAAAUGGAUCCUUGUAUCAAGGCACUUGGAUUGAAGGCUUAAGAGAAGGAAAAGGUAGCAACAACUAAUACUUUUAGGCGCAUAGAUAAUGAAGAAUGGAGCAUUCUAUGAAGGCUAUUUCGUUAAAGGAAAAUCUAAUGGUAAAGGUAGAAUGAUAUAUCCUGACGGAGAUUAUUAUGUUGGUGAAUGGCUAGACGAUUAACGUAAUAAGUAUUUCUAAUUUUAGUUCAUGGAUAUGGAGAGUAUUACCAUUCUGAUGGAACCAAAUACAAAGGAAAUUGGGCAAAUGAUAAAUAACAUGGGUAUGGUGAGGAAUAUUUCAAAGAUUCUUCAAUAUUUAAAGGAUAAUUUCAAAAUGGUAAAAAAUUUGGAGAAGGAAUUUUUUAAUUUCCAGAUGGUUCAUCAUAUGAAGGCCAUUUUCACAAUAACUAUUUUUCAGGAAAAGGGUACAUACUAAACUAUUGUUUCUAGUAAAUACACUUGGCCUAAUACUAAAUAAUAUAUAGGUCUGUGGGAAGCCAGUAAGAUGAAUGGAAAAGGUGUAAUGAUCUGGUAAGAUGGAACUCGAUAUGAAGGAUCAUACUUGGAUGAUAAAAAACAUGGAUUCGGAAUUAUCACAUGGCGUACUUUUAUGUUCAAUUAUUAAGCUGAUUCUCGAUGCUAUUCAGGCUAGUGGUUAAAUGGAAAAAUGCAUGGAAUAGGUGAAUAUACUAGUUCGACAGGGUAAAAAAGGAAAGGAGAAUGGUGUAACGGCAAAAGGCUUAAAUGGAUUUGA